AUGGUCAAGCAAAAAGUUGGAAAAACCUGCAAAACUUCGAAGUUCUCUUCCACAAAAGUGUUCGGCAGAAAACAACACACUGAACAGAAUUGUCAACAUUUAAAGGAUGUAGAUAAGAUAAUAUCGUAUCCUUUUGGGAACCCAUCCAGGGUUUCGAAAAAUUGUAAAAUUGGACAGUUUUGCGGUGGUUGGAUCAAAAGCGCAGUAAUUCGUAACAGCCCUGAAUACCCAGAAGAAUCACACAAAAGUCAACAACCAUCAACCGUGAUCAAAAUGACGCAAAAAAAUAUUGGAUCGAUUGGUUUUUCUUCGGUGGUCUCUGCCGAUACCCAGCUACUUUCGCCAUUUAGACGUGCAUUACAUGACACACAUAAGCACAACUUAUCGAAUAGCUACCAACAAGCCAGUCUGGCUACGUCGGUUGAUCUGGUUGAUCCAGUAACUAAAUUUCCCCCCAGGCAUAUCUUGCGCCAGAAUUAA